GUACAUGUGCAGAUAAAUAUUAUUCGCAGAUCCCGAGACUCUUAGCGACCGACUUCCAUUGAGACAACCUAAGGGAUCAAAAUAACAAUGGGAUUCCCUCUCUUCAGCACCAAAGCAGCACCCACAGAAGGUGAAGAGCGAUCCGACAAUGACAGUAUCAUUGACACUGGGAGCCUGCAGUACACUGCAGAAGGAGGCCUCAACUCCUCCAAGCUCACGUAUCAGGAAGCGAGCGGUGCCCCAAUAGAAGUCAAUUCACCGCUGGGUUACUCGGUCGGCUCGGUUACUGUGGUGUUUCUGAACCUGAGCAAGAUGAUCGGAACGGGUGUCUUCUCCACUCCAUCUUCCGUCCUACGUGGAGCCGGGUCGGUUGGCUUAAGCUUAUUCUACUGGACAAUUGGAUACCUGAUGGCCUCCAGCACGUUGUCCGUUUACCUCGAGUUCGCUUCGUAUUUUCCCAGUCGGUCUGGAUCAGAAGUGGUAUACUUGGAACAGGCGUAUCCUCGACCCAAGUAUCUCGUUCCAACGGUGUUUGCGAUGCAGACUGUACUAUUUUCAUUCAGCAGCAGUAACGCCGUGGUGUUGGCUCAGUAUUUAUUUAAAUUAGCGGAGACAGAGUCGACUGAUUGGAAGCUUAAAGGCGUUGCUAUUGCAUCCUAUACAGUGGCGGUACUAUUCCUGGUGUUUGAUACAAAAUGGUCGCUUCGACUCGCAAACGCAAUCGGAUUUGUCAAGCUCAUUACACUGGUUUUUAUUGGGAUAACUGGUCUUGUCGUUCUCGGCGGUCACACCUCAAUCAAAGAUCCUACCCUCAACUUCCGAAAUGCUUUUGAUGGCAGUUCGUCGGCCACCGUAUACGGGGCUACCAAUGCGUUUGUAAAGGUUAUGUUCUCUUAUCAGGGAUAUGAGAACGCCUUCAAUGUUGUCAAUGAAGUAAAGAACCCCAUCAAGAUUCUCCGUUGGAGUGCCCCGUUAUCCCUUUUCAUCACAGCCGCCCUAUACAUCCUAGCGAAUGUCGCCUACUUCUCCGCCGCAUCGAAAGAAGAGAUACUCAACUCAAAGGUCGUUGCAGCCAGUAUUUUCUUCGAGAAAGUAUUCGGAAACCACGGUGCAUCCCGGGCCCUGAACUUCCUUAUUUGCCUCAGUGCAUUUGGAAACCUACUUGCUGUUCUCAUUGGACAAUCUCGUAUGAUCCGAGAAUGUGGCCGCCAAGGUGUGCUCCCCUUCACCACCUUCUGGACGUCUACCAAACCGUUCGGCACACCCCUAGGUCCAUAUUUCCUCAAAUGGGCCCUAACACUCUUAAUGAUCCUCGCCCCGCCAGCCGGCGACGCCUUCAAUUUUGUUGUCGACCUGAGCAUAUACCCCCUGAAUCUCUUCGCCUUCCUACUCGCCAUCGGCCUCGUGAUCACCCGAGUCCGCCGCCGACGUCUCCGAUUCCCCCGCUCAGAAUACCGCGCCUGGGACAUCGCCGUGCUCUUCUCGAUCUUAUCGAACCUAUACAUGAUCGUCGCCCCCUGGUAUCCACCCACAGCUGGUGCAACCGGCGGAGAUGUCAGUUUCUGGUAUGCAACGUAUAUCGUUGUGGGGCUUGGAGUCAUCGCAUUCUGCUGUGCGUACUACUACUUUUGGAUUAAGGUUCUCCCUCAAUGGAGCGGAUACGAGUUCCGGCAGACAGUAUUGCGCCUCGAGAAUGGUGAGGUCGCGCAUAAGUUGGUUAAGGUGCCUAAGGAUCGGUUAGCCAGUUGGGAUGCUGAGCACGAUGCCGCUGGGAGGGUGAGAAGGAGGGCGGUGCAAAGUAGUAGCGAUGGGGAUUCGGAGGUGAGAUAAUCAGAGCUGGGUGCUUUUCUGGUUUCUAUGAUCGUUGAUCGUUCUGAAGCGUCCGGUGUAAUACAAUAUUCUUGCAACGCUGAGUCCAAAUCACAGCGUCGCAAUAAAAAUUACUCUUGGUCGGUUCACAUCAUUUGUUUGUAAUAUUUACCUUCAAGAGGGCAAAGGCCAUCAAUUAGAAGCUACUUGAGCAGCACUAGUAUCUCUUUCUGGCUCCCAAUCUUCAACUCAAU